AUGUGUAAGGUUUUUCCAUCAAGUUUGGGUCCGGCGGCGAUGAGGUGGUUCAAUGGGUUAAAGGCCAAUUCUAUUGGGUCUUUCAAAACCCUUACUGGGGCCUUUGACGCUCGCUUUAUCACCUGCAGCAGGGUGCCUCGAUCUUUGCGAUCCCUGUUGUCUAUGUCUAUGCGAGAGGGUGAAACUCUCAAGGCUUACUCAGAUAGGUAUUGGGAAAUGUUCAACGAGAUAGAAGGAAAGAAUGACGACGUGGCCAUAAGUACUUUCAAAGCUGGCUUCCCAACUAAUCAUGACUUAAGGAAAUCCCUAACUGGUAAACCGGUAACCAGCGUACACCAGUUGAUGGAUAGAAUUGAUAAGUAUAGAAGAGUUGAAGAGGAUCAACUUCAGGGAAAAGGAAAAGCCAAGGUAGUCCCUCAGGAGAGGAGGGAUUUCAGGUCGGACCGUUACAACAAUAACCGACCUCGGAGAGACUUCGUUAGACAAUCAGGAUCUGCAGAUACCCAAGCGGUCAAUGCAAUGUUUCGGGAGCCAGUGCAGCAGGUUCUGCAGAAAAUAAAGAAUGAGCCCUUUUUCAAGUGGUCGAAUAAGAUGGCGGGCAAGCCCAGAAAACGCAACCCAAACUUGUAUUGCCACUACCAUCAGGAUCAUGGGCACACGACGGAGGAGUGCAGGAAUCUGUGGGACCAUUUAGAACAGCUGGUCCGAGAAGGGAGAUUGAAGCAAUUCUUGCAUCAUUCUAGCGAUAGGGCAAGUCAAGCGGGCCCAGAGAUACGUGGGGACGCUUCUUUAAGGCUUCCUCUUGGAACGAUAAACGUUAUUUUUACUGCCCCAGGGAGGACUGGGUCUUGUCCUUCCAGGGUACUAUCGGUGUAUCGGCCCCUGGCCGAGGAUGAUUGCCAGGCACUGAAGAGAGCCAGGGUGGACGUCCCCCUGGUUCUGGGCUUUUCAGAUGAUGAUAAGAUUGGAACUAUACAGCCCCAUGACGAUGCCCUGGUGGUCACGUUGAGAAUUAGUGGGUACGAUGUUAAAAGAGUGAUGAUAGAUCAAGGUAGUGCGGCGGAUGUAAUGUUCCCGAACUAUAUAAGGGGCUGUGCCUGA